AUGAGGAGUGGGGGAUUAGAUGAAUUUACAACUGUGACGUGUUCGGCUUUAGCUCUAAUCAUGACUUUCAGCCUGAUGCGCUGGAAGAAUGCUUCGCGUGCGGAACAUCCGAUGAGUUCGGGAUUGCUCUUCUUGGGAUUCAACCAGGAUCACGGUUGCUUCGCUUGUGGUUUGGAUAAUGGAUUCCGAAUAUUCAACUCGGAUCCUUUGAAAGAGAAGGAGCGGAGGGACUUUUUCGACGGCGGAAUCGGAUAUGUCGAAAUGUUGUUCCGGUGCAAUUAUUUGGCGUUAGUUGGUGGCGGAGUGUCACCUACCAGUCCACCGAAUAAAGGUCUGUCGAUUACUGUUGUUCAAUUUCCAUUGGGUGAUGAAGCGCUGCUGGCGUAUCCCACCCGAAAAACCGGAUUUGUGCAAAUCGUUGAUCUCGUGCGAACGGAUCAAGCCCCCGUUGAAAUAUCUGCGCACGAAGCUACGAUAGUUGCGUUGUCCAUGAAUUUGCCCGGCACAUUGCUAGCUACAGCGAGUGAAAAGGGAACAUUGAUCCGCGUUUUCGACACGAAAGCAGGAUCCUUGCUUCACGAGUUUCGCCGUGGGGCAAAUGCUGCCAUUAUUUAUUGGUGUGUUCUCAGAUUUUCCAUUUUUAUCUUCGUUUUCUUUGGCAAAAUAUCCCUCCGUUCUUCUUGCAGUGUUAAUUUUAAUCAAGAAUCUUCCAUGCUGUGCGUGUCCAGCGAUCACGGAACUGUUCACGUUUUCGCCAUGGAUACCGAAAAGAAAAAUCGACAAUCAAGUUUGGCGUCGGCCGGCUUUCUUCCGAAAUAUUUCAACUCCCAAUGGAGUUGGAGCAAGUUUGUCAUUCCUGGCUCAUCUCCGUGCUUGUGUGCGUUUGGAUCAGAUUCUUCCAUCAUUGCGGUGUGCGGUGAUGGAAGUUAUUACAAGUACUCUCUUGGACCAAAAGGAGAAUGCUCCCGCGAAGUAUUCGCUCAGUACUUGGAAAUAACCGAGGAAAGACCUGUUGUGAGAAGGAGACAGAGCACUUAUUCUCGUUCGCAUUCAUCGCUCGCCAUGAUACGUCGGCAAGUUCGACUUCGUAAGGAAUACCUUUAUCGGAAAUCCUUGGAAGAGCGGCGAAGAGCUACGCAGGAGCGCAAAGACAAGAUCAAAAAUAUAGUUGAAGACGGAAAUGUGAUCCCGAAUCAGUUGCGAAAAGAUGCCAUCAGUCUUUACAAAGCUGGAGAAUGGGACGACGCUGGACCAGAGGUGGCCGCCUUACGUGCUUCGGAGGCCGAAGUGGGUGGCGGAGUUAUGUCGAGUCUUGACGACGAAUAUCGUUGGGCUGGUGUUAGAGACCCGAAGAUCGUCAUAACAACGUCCUCAGAUCCGUCUUCUCGAUUGAAAGCUUUCGUAAAAGAAAUGAAGUUGAUCUUUCCCAACUCUCAACGCGUGAACCGAGGAAAUUAUGAUGUGAAACACAUCAUGGAGGCCUGCAGGGCGAAUGAUGUUACGGAUUUCAUCGUACUGCAUGAAACCAGGGGUCAACCAGACGGAAUGAUAGUGUGUCACCUUCCGUUCGGACCUACGGCGUAUUUCUCCAUGUGUGACGUUGUGAUGCGACACGAUAUCCCAGAUAUGGGGACCAUGUCCGAAGCAUACCCUCACCUCAUUUUUCACAAUUUCAAGACGAAACUCGGUCGAAGAGUGACCAGUAUACUCAAGCACUUGUUUCCGGUGCCGAAAGAAGAUUCUCACCGAGUGAUGACUUUCGCGAACCACGAUGACUUCAUUUCUUUUCGGCACCACACAUACAAGAAAGAUCCCGAAGACAAAUCCAACGUGAUCAUGUCAGAAGUUGGACCCAGAUUUCAGCUCCGACUGUACGAACUAAAAUUGGGGACAAUGGAUCAAACCCGCGCAGCCGAAACCGAAUGGGCAUUGCGACCGUACAUGAAUACCGCCAGAAAGCGUCGGUUCUUAUCUGAAGAUGAUGGAUGGGAAAAUGAGACUUGAUUUUUUUUUGUUUAUGUUUGAUUCGCUUUGGCAAGGGAAUGAACGCCUUCGCGCAAUGAAAAA